ACCAACUCCUUGCUACUCCUGCUACUCCUUCCUUUAAAGUGGUAACCCAUUGUUCUCCUUGUGCUUUAAACACUUAAAGGACUACAGAGAGUUUCCCUUCAUGCAAUUUUCUCUACUCUGUGACUGUGCAUUUUCAUUUGAAAUCAAAUUUGUUGUUCUGAGGGCUGGCUCCAAUUCUAGGUGGCUUGUUUUUUUUAAAAAAUUGCAAAAAGUUGUGAUUGUACUGCCAUGUAGGACUUACUAUUGAUUCUAAUUGGAAGUUUAUUGAUUAUAUUUUUUUUCUGUUUCACAAUUAACUACCUGAGAUUGUGUAAAUUUACAACCCAGUGCUCAUCAACAAAAGUGGCUCAUACCAUUUAUCUCAAGAAAAUAUGCACUGAACUGUUUAUGAAUACACAAUUGUGAUAUGAUAGCCAAUGUUGUGACAUAUGACAUAUAUCUAAUGAUAUGACAGAUACUGUAUACUGGCAUAGUAACAGGUGUUGUCAUUACUUUUUUAACAUUGAUGUCCUAACUCUUCUAUUUCCAAUAUUCAAUUUUACUUUUCAACCUUACAAUAUUUUGGUAAUAUUGCUCUUGCAUUGAAAGAUUUUGUUUUUCUGAUGGAUCUGUUAUAAUUUUUUUUUUAAAAAAAUUAAUCUCAAAUUGAGUGUUCUAUUCUUUUUGAAUUUUGAUCGCAUUAGGUACUUAUGUAAAAGUUUUAUGCAAUAAUUUUUCUCUGUCUGGAAACAAAAUAUUUGCCCUUGCGCAAUGGAGUAGAUGAGCUGGGAAAAGAAAGCAGAGAGCUUAAGUCUUCAAUAAUCUUGCUUUUGAAAACUUUGAGAAACAUUUUGUAGAGAAUAUGAUCAAUCAAAGAUGUGAAAAGACAGUUUAUAAUCACUUCCCAUCAUUACUUUCUGUCUGGCAGUCAGCAGGGCAAAACAUUAUUUUAUUCCACUUCUCGAACGUACAGAUUGCAAGCGUUAAACUCGAUGGGGUAUUAUCAAGCUAAGGUAUUUGACCUGCUGUAGCUAUGGUUGCUUAUAUAUGAUGUUUUUCGCAUUUAUGCAAGUGGCUUCUACGUCUUAAAUGCCAAUGAAUGUCAAGCAGGUGAACUAUUGAUUCUAUUUGCAACGUUCAAAGAGGUAUCAUAACUUGACGGGUGUUUCUUUGUCUGUCAUCGGCUUGCGUCCAAAACAAAUUUAUUCUGUUCAAAUAUCUUGACAAUUGACAGGGAUGUUUCCAUGAGACUAUGACUUCAUGAAAUCAUCUUCUGAUGUUUAUUGGCUGGGCUUGUAUUUUAUAUUGACAAAUACUUCAUCUGGUGCUUUUAACGAUUGUAACUGCAGUGUUGCAGAUCCAGCAAAAAAGUACUUGUGAUGAAAGUUUGGAAGCUUACUAUUCUAUCGCACAUUUUCUAUUUCCCAUCUUCCCUGAACUGAAAGGCUUGCUACGAAGGAAAGGUAAAGCCUGACAGAAAAUCGCGGAGAAGGCGUUAGAAUACGAAGUCAAUCGACGAAAGGCAUGAAUAUCUUGCAACCGUCACCGCCAUUUAACAAAUGUGGCUUUAUACUAAGAUCACAACCAGUGCUGUCUAUAUAAAAAAGAGGGCAGGAUGGAUAUUGUCAACAAGAUUUGUUUGUUUUUUUAUGUCGUUGCUCUAUGUGUCAAUCUAAUUUUGAACGGUCUCGUUUUAUUUGCAAUUUACAAAAGCCGACGCUUGCUUCUAAAGAAACGAUUUGCUCUUCUCAUCAGCAUGGCUGUAGCUGACCUCUUGAAAGUUGUCCCAUCCUCUGCCCAGAUAGUCGCUGUUGUGCAUGGGCCCAGUCAUGCUAAUGGCAGGUCCGCUUGUUUGGUUUCAUCUUCAGUCGGUUUUCUGUUCAUCUCUGUAACUGCACUUCAUCUUGCAUUUGAAAGUGUUAAUCGACUUGUCUCCAUACUUUGGCCUUUGAGAUAUGAACAAUUUACUAACUCCAAGAAAUACUCAGUCAUCAUCAUGUCAGUUUGGCUGUUGCCAGUUAUAGGUGUGAUAAUGCCAAUCCAUUUUUUGUUUGGGCGUCAUAGAGAUUCGUAUCAUGCGCUGAGGAUGAGAAUGUUUUCUUGUUCCAUAGACGUCAUUGAAAAACAUGAGAGCGGUGUUUGGACGACUUAUGUCACCUACGCGAUAUGUGUUACUAUUAUCUUUUUUAUAAUACCUUUUGUGAUCAUGGGUGCUUCAUAUUCAAUCAUGUUCAAAAUAUCUCUUAAACAUAUCCGUGAAAUCAAACGAAUUGAAAAUCAGAUGCAAAAGUUGCGCCAAUACCGAGAAUCGAUAUCUGAAGAAGUAGCCACGUUUGCCUCUCCUGGCUCAAGCAGAUUGAGCAGAUCUAGAAUUCAUCUUGGUAAUGAUGAAGAUGUAACAUUGAAAGGUUGUAGAAAUCAGGGAAAUGUGUCACGUCUGAGUUCCUUAACGUCCUCUGAAGGUAGAAAUCCAGCAAAAGGCAUUCGUUCGCGGGCGGCAUCUUGGCCAAGUAGCGAAGAACUAGUAAGUAAUGUUUUGAGAGAUGGCAAAGGCACUGAAGCAUGUGGUUUUCACUUGCACUGUGAUUGUACGCUGGAAACAGAUGACAGCAUUAAGAAAAGAAAAAUUUGCACAUGUUCCCCGGAAGAAUCAUUUACAGGAAAGAGGGUAUGUAUGUGCUUUAUAUCAGACGGAGGGAAAGAGAACUGUAUCGAAAACACUUCUAAAGAAACGAGUACAGAUGACACAGGCAGAAAGUUUAUAUUGGUGAAAAACUGCGAUAACUAUACUGAAUCUUGUCAAGAUCUAUCAUUUAAUGGAGUGUAUUCCGAAAUGAAGACACGGUGUUUUGAUGAGGCACAAACUAAAAACUCGGGAAAAAUUUCUGUUCAACCCACGAUUGUUGUUACUGCCGCAGAUGAUGGGUUAGAAAGUGACCCCUUCAAUUUUGUUAAAGAAUUUUCAGUUAUGGGAGCAUGGGCCGAGACACUUCGGCAAAGGGCCUUAGAAGAUGAUGAAUUUAGGUUUCCAUUGUCAAAUAUCAACCUGUUAAUCAGGGAUGAAAUAAGGAAAAGAAAAAGAGAGAUUCGAUUAGCAAGAACUUUGAGCGGACUUGUUGGAGCAUUUGUAAUUUUUUACCUCCCAAUGUUGAUAUUUGCAUGGACAAACAUGGUCAGAGAUGCAAUUCAAACUGAGUUCUCCUUCGAUUUUGGCAGAAGCUUGGUUGCUUGGGCAUUUUUGAACUCAGCACUAAAUCCACUGAUAUACUGUCUGCGAAUUGUAGAAAUUAAGAAGUCUGUUAUGAAAAUUCUUAGAAAUUUUCGAAAUCUUUUUAAAUGCUUUUAAGUUAGAUAUAAGCUGUUUUCGAUUAUCACUCACCAAUUUCAUCCAAGACGCUGACGGUGAUGUGCUUAUUUCUAAAUGAAAAAUAAUUAGAGUUCUGACAUUGUAAUAAAUCGCAGUUUUAUCAAUUGUCAAGACACAUUGUUCUAUUGGAACUGUACAGCUAGACUGGUUUAUCUAUUUAAUAGGUACAUAAUGACCAAAUCUUGCAGCGUUGUUGUCAGUUCAUUAAAAAACUUCAUAUCAUAAUAUGGCAAUGAUAGAUGACGGAGGAGGUCAGUACGAAGUACUACAGAUAGUUAGCGAGAUUAAUAGCAACAUAUGCCUCAAUAAUAUCUUUUCUGCGGGCAUGAAUAUUUAAAACCAGAACACAAUUGUAACCUUUGUAGCGAUACGUCGAGAUAUUUUAAGAUCUUUCUGUGAGAAUGCGUGUCUCUUUCCAUGGUGGAUAUUGGAGUGGAUAUAGAUAUCGCCUGGAGUUGUAGAUAUCUUGGGGUUCAAUUUAAUAGCACCAAGAGCUGAAAACCUUCCCGCUGAAGUAUGCAAUGUAUUUUUAAAUGCUUCCAGAAUUCCUACCCAAUAGGAUAUGACAUGAUAUAUCGUUAUUUUUGGGAAAACUAAAUUUACCUACAGACUCUUCAAAACCAAGCAAGCAACGAAGGGUCCCUACAAAAAACAGCUAUGCUGCACCAGGAUUAUUAGUUCUAGAUAAACUAGAUAAAAGAGCUGCGGCAGAGCGAACUGACUAGAAUAGAACAGACAAUGUUUUCAUUGCAUCGCCAAAUGUUGUCGAACCAAAGCUUAAUGCAAAUGAUGUCAAAUACCAGUGACGACUUUCCAUCACCAAUGAAAAUAUCAUAGAAUCGCUAAUAACGUAAGUUUUUGCAGAAUACAGACUUGGCGCGACCUCUCAGCUGAAGCGAAGAAAGUACCCUAUCUAAACGACUUGCAAUCCCUGCCAAACCUACUUUGAACAUCCAGCAACGUGCUUUUCGUUUUCUCCGUUAUUUCUUUUCCCGAAUACUACUUCUUCUGCCCCUUCACCCAAAACAAUGUUAAUUGCCUUGACUAAUACCACACAAACUACACAAACCAACGUACUUCCUAAUUUCUUAUGUCGUUUAUAGAAAACCAAUAUUGUUCCAAGGGGGCAAAAAGAAGAUGGCUGAGUUUGCUAGACAUCAGUGUUUCAAGUCUUUGGCAAGGGUUUUUGUUCUUGUGUGGUGUCGCAAAAAACUUAAGCCUUCCUGAACUGCCUCCCUCUUUUUUUUGAUCCACCUUUUUAUCCAUACGUAGGUUUAUAAUGUUUUUGUAGAUUUCAUACUGCUUAUGGGUUUAGUGAAAUGGAAAUUCCUUUGAAAGCGAAAGUAAAAUGACAAAAAUUAACAAGCAAUGCAAACUUGUAUAGGAGGAAAACAAGCGAAUGUCAGCUAAUGGGUCAGCUACCUAUAUUAAUCGUCUUACAUUAUUAAAGCAUGCGUGUUAAACUGGGGGCAUUGUUACGCAUUAUUUUAAACUGAAUGAAGGGGGUGGCUCACCGUGGCAUGGGGGUGCAUGGAGGGUGCAUGGAGGUGCAUGAAGGGCCAUAAAUGGCGGAAAAUUCUGUCCCCUGCCAAAUGAAUGCCUAAAUUUCCAACAAUGAUGGCUCAGACAUUAGAAAGCGUUCGCUUCCUCUAAAAAAUACGCCUUUAAGAGAGAGAGACCAUCCAGAAAGCUAGUGUUGUUUUAGAUGUUGUGCGAAACAUUUAGUUCAGGAAUGCUCUGGUUCAGUAGAAGAAAGCACUCUUGCCCGAUAGAAAACCGGAUAUAAUAUUCAGGAAUUGCUUCUUUCGGAUGAUGCGAACCCGACGCAGGACGUGCUGUCAGGAGCAAUUGAUAAUUGUGAUGCACGGAAACAUUUUGUUGAGAGCGGUGACUGUGGUUGCCUUGAUCAUUUCAGCCUAACGAGCCAUUUCCUUUUUUAUUA